AUGGAACGCCUGGACUCGGCGUGGGCGGCGUUUGCCAGGACACCGGCACCGCCGGCAACGCGGCUGUGCAUGGCUGGUAUUGGCCCCCCAAAUCGCGUAUAUAGGCUCGCCGAGCCGCAUCUCCGCAUGAAACACGACGUGUAUAUGGACCUCCCAUUGAUCAUCAGCUGCCCGAGCGAGCGGGUCAGCGAUGCCACGUGA